ACCGCCACUCCCACAACCACCAGCACUGACUCGCCUGUCACGACUACCACCACUCCCACCACCAGCACCACUGACUCACCAGUCACAACCACCGCCACUCCCACAACCACCAGCACUGAAUCGCCUGUCACGACUACUGCCACUCCCACCACCACCAGCACUGACUCGCCAGUCACAACCACCGCCACUCCCACAACCACCAGCACUGACUCACCUGCCACUCCCACAACCACCAGCACUGACUCGCCUGUCACCACUGACUACCGCCACUGCCACAACCACCACACUGACUCGCCUGUCACGACUACCACCACUCCCACCACCAGCACCACUGACUCACCAGUCACAACCACCGCCACUCCCACAACCACCAGCACUGAAUCGCCUGUCACGACUACUGCCACUCCCACCACCACCAGCACUGACUCGCCAGUCACAACCACCGCCACUCCCACAACCACCAGCACUGACUCACCUACGACUACCGCCACUCCCACAACCACCAGCACUGACUCGCCUGUCACCACUACCGCCACUCCCACAACCACCAGCACUGACUCGCCUGUCACCACAACCACCAGCACUGACUCGCCUGUCACCACUACCACCAUUCCCACAACCACCAGCACUGACUCGCCUGUCACCACUACCGCCACUCCCACAACCACCAGCACUGACUCGACGACCGCCACUCCCACAACCACAAGCACUGACUCGUCUGUCACCACUACCGCCACUCCCACAACCACCAGCACUGACUCGCCUGUCACCACUACCACCAUUCCCACAACCACCAGCACUGACUCGCCUGUCACCACUACCGCCACUCCCACAACCACCAGCACUGACUCGACGACCGCCACUCCCACAACCACCAGCACAGACUCGCCAGUCACAACUACCGCCACUCCCACAACCACCAGCACUGACUCGCCUGUCACCACUACCGCCACUCCCACAACCACCAGCACUGACUCGCCUGUCACCACUACCACCAUUCCCACCACUACCGCCACUCCCACAACCACCAGCACUGACUCACCUGCCACCACUACCGCCACUCCCACAACCACCAGCACUGACUCGCCUGUCGCCACUCCCACAACCACCAGCACUGACUCGUCUGUCACCACUACCGCCACUCCCAGCACUGACUCGCCUGUCACCACUACCACCAUUCCCACAACCACCAGCACUGGCUCGACGACCGCCACUCCCACAACCACCAGCACUGACUCGUCUGUCACUGACUCGCCUGUCAACACUACCGCCACUCCCACAACCACCAGCACUGACUCGCCUGCCACCACUACCGCCACUCCCACAACCACCAGCACUGACUCGCCUGUCACGACUACCGCCACUCCCACAACCACCAGCACUGACUCGCCUGUCACGACUACCGCCACUCCCACAACCAGCACCACAGACUCGCCAGUCACAACUACCGCCACUCCCACAACCACCAGCACUGACUCGCCUGUCACCACUACCGCCACUCCCACAACCACCAGCACUGACUCACCUGCCACCACUACCGCCACUCCCACAACCACCAGCACUGACUCGCCUGUCACGACUACCGCCACUCCCACAACCACCAGCACUGACUCGCCUGUCACCACUACCGCCACUCCCACAACCACCGCCACUCCCACAACCACCAGCACUGACUCGCCUGUCACCACUACCGCCACUCCCACAACCACCAGCACUGACUCGCCUUUCACCACAACCGCCACUCCCACAACCACCACUCCCACAACCACCAGCACUGACUCGCCUGUCACCACUACCACCAUUCCCACAACCACCAGCACUGACUCGACGACCGCCACUCCCACAACCACCAGCACUGACUCGCCUGUCACCACUACCGCCACUCCCACAACCACCAGCACUGACUCGCCUGUCACCACUACCGCCACUCCCACAACCACCAGCACUGAAUCGCCUGUCACCACUACCGCCACUCCCACAACCACCAGCACUGACCACUGCCUCACCAGCCACAUCUACCACCACUCCCACAACAACAACCUCGCCUGCCACUACUACCACCACCACACCCACAACCACCACCACCACCACAUCGCUUACCACUACCAGCUCCGCCACGCCACCAAAACGUGUGAAAAUGGGGGAACACAUGAUGGCAUCAAAUGUUUGUGCCUUAGCAAUUUCUAUGGGCCGAAGUGUGAGUUCCCAGUUGAAGACAUGCCUUUUGAAGUGGAAAGUGUGCCCGUGACAAUUGAAGUCCAAGUGAAAAUCACCAACAAGGAGUUCGUUCCAGAGCUCGAGAACCAAGAGUCGGAAGAGUAUAAGAACUUGGAAGAGGAAUUUAAGAUGCAGAUGGACAAUGUUUAUCAGGGCGUCUCUGGAUACCAAGGUGUGGUGAUCUUAAAACUGCGGAAAGGCAGCAUUAUCGUGGACCACGAAGUCAUCAUUAAAGCUGUAAUAAACAACGAUGUGAACAUCAUUGACAAAACUGUCCAGAAUUUGACCGAGGCCGUGCGGAAGCAGCUGACUGCCGUCAACUCCACUCAGAAGGAAUGCAAUAUGGGGAACUCAUCAUUUUGCUUUUCAGCUCCACCUGACCCUAUUCUGAGCGCAAGCACAAAUUUUUCAGCUGAAGCCGCUUGCAGAAAAAACAUCGAUCCCAGAUAUGCAGACUACUAUUACCCCGAUAACUCAACAGGCACGCUGCGCUGUAUCUCCGACUGCACCAAGAACACCAAAAACACCGUGAACUGCAACAAUGGCUUAUGUAGCAUAUCUGAAAGAGGCCCUUACUGCAGGUGCAAUGAUGUGGAGUCCUUUUGGUACAUGGAUGAUCGCUGCCAAACACCGAUCCGAAAGAGCGAUGUCGGCUUUGGGGUUGGGCUGGCUGUCCUCGCAGUGAUCAGCAUCGUCCUGGCGAUGUUCCUCCUCAGAGCCAGACGGAGGAAGUCUCGUUCUAGCUUCUCUGACGAUGCGGAGGCUUGGUAUGAGGAAGAUGAGGAAGAGUGGAAGCCCUCAGGAGGUCUGACCAUCAUGAAUGAAGGAGCUGCCAAUGAAGAAAGCCAAGACAGAAACAGGAGUUUCCAGGUCUCUCUGGACUCGGUUGAUACGACGACACAGUUGCAGUUCCAAAAACCAACAACACUGACCAAUUGUUGAUCCCAUCCUGGAACACAUCCUGGAAAUUCGACUGAAUUACAUCAAGGACCCUGAAAGCCCAACGCUAAUAGCCAGGCUAUAUUACAGUUGUCUACAUUCCUUCCUGGGAGAGAGGUUCGGGGCUUGGUAUCGUCAGUAUGAUGAAGACACCCAGCUCUGUUUCUCCUUUCCGCCUAAAUCCAAGGAAGCUUGUCUCAGUUCUGGAGCAGAAUCUGUCAUCAGUAGUGGACCAGAGGAAGGUGAACAAACGGAAACUUAAUCCGGACAUGACAAAGGUGCUCUUGGUCAGUCAGAAGACAGAACAGGGAAUAGGGAUCUUGGAAACUGGUUGUUGUUGUUUUUUGAUGACUGCUCCCAGACUUUGAAACUCCCUCCAUACAGAACUUAAGACUUGCUCUCUCCUUGCAUAGCUGUCAGCUUACAGAUUUGAAAAUAAGGGACCAGCAGCCUCGAAAAUAAGGGAUCAGCAGCCAAAAUAAGGGAUUUUCCAAGCACAGGUAUGUUCAACUUCUGAGC